AUGUGGCGCCAAAGGAGUAGGGUUGUGUGGCUAAAACAAGGUGAUCGCAACACUAAUUAUUUUCAUGGAAAAGCUAGUCAAAGGAGAAAUAAUAAUUCCAUAAAUAAACUGAAGGAUGAUAUGGGAUGUUGGUGGAGUGGGGACAUCCACUGUGAAAUGAUUCUAGUGAAAUAUUUUGCAAAUAUCUUCACCACUUAUUCUCCUAUCAACAUUCCUGAAGUGUGCUCUGUGAUCCAAGACAAACUUAGUCUGAAUUUGGUUAGCUGGUGUGAGGCUGAGUUCACUGCUUUAGAAGUUAAAGAGGCCAUUUCCCAAAUGCAUCCUCUCAAAGCUCUGGGUCUUUAUGGAAAAGAUCCAAGUGCUAUCAGCAACACUUUUGUUACACUCAUCCCCAUGUGCAAGAAUCCCAAAACCCCUAAAGACUUUCAGCCUAUUAGUCUAUGCAAUAUGGUUAUAAAGAUAGUUACAAAGACCAUAGCUAAUAGAGUCAAAGUGAUCCUCCAUGAGAUAAUAGAUGAAGAGCAGAGUUUGUUUGUUCAAGAUGAUAGCUUGUUUUUUGUUAGAGCAGGUGAAAAUGAAGUGGAUUGUGUCAUGAAUGUCAUAAGAGUUUACCAAGAAUCUUCUGGGCAGGGGGUCAACUUAGAGAAAUAUGAGGCGUCUUUUAGUCAAAUGAUUCCUGUUGGCGUGUGUCAUGAGAUUGAGAGUAUGCUGGCAAAACUCUGGUGGGGAUCAAAAAAUAGGGAGCGGAAAAUUCACUGGCUCGGUUGGGAUAAGAUGGCGACUUCUAAGGGUGUUAGGGGAAUGGGUUUUAGAGGUAUUGGCAAUUUCGACACUAGCCUGUUAGGGAAACAUUUCUGGAGAUUGUUGUCGAAUGAUAAUUCUCUUUUUUCCAAAGUUUUCAACAGUCGUUAUUACCCUAAGUGCUCUAUUAUUGAAGCCCCAGUUGGUUUUAACCCAAGUUAUGCAUAG